UCUGUCAGCUGAUUGUAGCCAACGGAACAUGGCCGAGUUGUCAGGCGACCCGUAGGAAGCUGCAACUUGGACAUGUUUUUUUAAAUCAUACACACUUCUUACCGAUUCAUUUAGGAUAUAUAACAGAACAACAGUCCUACAACGAAAGACCUUUACGAUGAGCGCUCAGACUGUGACCCUUUCCAAUGGCCCCAGCGAGCAGGUGUGGGAGAGGCCUUGGUCCCUAGAUGAGAUGCGCAAAACCAGCGCCAACUGGUCUCUGGCUGCUGAUUCUGGUCUCUUCCUGUUCCUCCAGGAUUUCUCACAAAGGAUGCUCUCCAAAACGCAUCAGAUUGAGAAGCAGCUGGAUGGACUUCUGCGAGACACCAAAGCUACGGACUCCUGCUUGCACACUGUCUUCAAUGACUUCCUCAUGCUCUCCAACACACAGUUUAUUGAAAACCGGGUGUAUGAUGAGGAGGUGGAGGAACCAGUGGCAAAACCAGAAGCUCCAGAGAAGCAUCCUGAGCAGGAGAAAACCCGGGAGCAGAAAGAAGCUGAGUUGAUACCCAAAGUGCAGGAGGCAGUGAACUAUGGCCUGAAGGUGCUGGAAUCAGCCUUUGAACAGCUAGACAUCAAAGCUGGAAACUCCGAUUCAGAAGAUGAAGAGGCAAUUGGUCGAGUGGAGCCAAUCCUGGAGCCUAAGGAUCUGUACCUGGACAGACCACUGCCUUACCUGAUUGGGUCUCAGCUCUUCAUGGAGCAGGAUGACGUGGGUCUGGGGGAUCUCUCCAGUGAAGAAAUGUCCAUCGAUAGUGACCGGGAUAGUGUCAUCGACAGCGACGAAGACAAGGAUGAAGAUAAGUCGCCUGUGUUGAGUGAUGAAGAUGAAGUAAGAGAUGAAGAUGAAGCAGAUGAAGACUCGGACAUAUUUGGUGAAUCGGACAAAGACGACGAAGACAGGAAGACCUCUGUGGCCCCAUCGUCCUUCACAGAUGAGCUGACUGCACGCAUUAAAGGCGACGACGCGGGCGGUCCCAAAAGCGAUGGCAAUGGGUCCGUUGUCCCCUCAGUGAAGAGGAGGAGUAAAGGAGACACAGACACCAAGGCCGCAGAGAACACAGACGAACUGUUCCCGCCUCCUUCCCGGGAAGACAGGGACCACUCCCCCUUUGGCGGCAAAGACGGGCUCUUCAGCGGAGGGAGGGGCCUGUUUGACGUAGACGAUGAGGAUGAGGGCGACCUCUUCUCUGAAGGCCCCGGGCACCAGCACAAGCUGCCCACCAAUGAAGCCGCCGCUGGUGAAGAGUCUGUCCUGCCCAAAAGUAGUAAGAAGAUCCCCGCUGGUGCUGUUUCCAUAUUCCCAGAACACAGUUUGUUCGGGGCCACUCGGGACCCAGUCUCUUCAGAACGCCAGCAGACUGCCAGUCCUAGCCGUCCCAAAGCCCAGGCCCAGCUCAGGUCUGAAGGCGGGGUCAAAGCUGCCCCGGGGGGUGGGCUCUUUGAUGAUGAUGAGGAUGAUGACUUCUUCAGUGGCAGUGCAUUCAAAAAAUCACACUCCGCCGGAAUGGACAAACCCAGGCAGAAGAAAGUGGUGGAUCUGUUUGGGGCAGACCAAGAUGAUGAUGAGGAGGGGGAUAUCUUCAGUGAGAGCUCGAGUGCAGGUCGCCGAGAGCACAAAAGCAGCGCGGAGGAAGAUGGGGUGACCAGCAUUCCUGAAAAGAAGCUGCCUGCAGGGGCCACCUCCAUGUUUGGCCCUGAGACCAGCAACCUCUUACAGGAUGCCUUGAAGAAACGGCCACCUGUCUCUGAUAAAAGCACCAAGAAGAUGACUCCGCCCACAGAAACGGCCAAGCCCACUGUGAAGACCACAGACAGGGGCCUCUUCUCUGAUGAUGAGGACACGCAGAUCUUUUCGUCGGCUGCCAAGGAUCGGCCGAAGAGUGAUGGGCCAGCUCAGAAAACACAGAGCCGGGCUCUGUCUCUGUUUGACGACGAAGAGGAAGAGGACUUGUUUGCCACGGUGCCUCCCAAACUCAAAACAAGCCCGGGGAAAAAUGAGGCCUCGCAAAAAGCAGCCAAGCCCUUGUCUAGCGCCCUCUUCAGUGAUGAUGAGGAUCAGUGGAUGAGCAAUACAACUGACAGUGUCAAACAAGAGACAAAGACCGGAGGACUGAAAAGCAGCGUGAGCGCCCCCUCCAGGCUUCCCACCGUCAAAGCUACAGGAAAAGCCAGUUUGUUUGAUGAUGAUGAGGAUGACGACCUCUUUGCAGCCACAAAGGAGUCUGGGCAGAAGCCUCCGCGGGUUUCCCUUCUCUUUGAGGAAGAAGAUGAGGAGGACGAAGACAAGGGCUCGCUGUUCAGUGUCACGCCGGCCUCCAGCAGCACUGUGCACAGUGAGAAGAACGCCCCAGCCACUGCAGACAGCCAGGCUGAGGUCCCCCCUCCCCUGCAGGCUAAGGAGGAGCCAGACGGGGCUCAUCAGGGGGAAGACAAGGCCAAGUCUGCGGGGGCCGUCAGCUUGUUUGACAGUGUGGAGGCGCUGGGAGAGACCCAGGCUGUGCUCAAGGUCGCCGGCCAGCCAGAAAGCCCCCCGCUCAUGGGGGCCGGAUCCAAAACCAAGAAGAAAGUGCUGAGCCUCUUUGAGGAUGAGGAGGAAGAUGAGGAGGAGACUGACGGUGGUUCGGCAACCAAAGUCAGAAAGCCGGGCAUGAAGAGCCCCCUGAAGGUGCAGGAGCGGCGGCCACGAGCCACCAGCACUGGUGUCUUCCAGGACGAGGAGAUCCUCUUUAGUCUGAAGCUGCAGAAAGACAACGAGCCUGACGUGGACCUCUUUGCAGCGUCGGCAAAACACGCGAGCCCCAAGGCCAGAUCAGCCCCCAAGGCGGCACCCCCCCUCUUCGGUGAUGAGGAGGAGGACCUCUUCACUGUGCCCAGGGCUGCUGCACAAAAGCCCGUCAAGCUCAGCAGUGAGGGUGCACUGCCGCCCCCCGCAGGACUCCAGAAGCCCGCCACCCCUGUAGAAUCUAAAGAGCAGUCCUCGCGGAUUGGAAAACUCCAAGUGAAUCUAGCCAUUGACCCAAGCACCCUCCUGCCUGGGGCUGUUCCUCGGCCACAGCUCCCUUCCCAAACUCGCAGCAUCCAUUCACCAACCACACCCACUGCCCUCGGCACAGAUUCCACCCUCCAGACAGUGGGAGAAGGAGCCGUGAGUUUCGACACCCCCGUUCAGGUCACCACGUUACAGAGUGCCAACAAGGGCCGAGCCAGGGGAGCUGAGCGCCGCCGGCCGCAGACGAGAGCGGCGAGACUCCAGGCAGCCCAGAUCUCUGAUUCCUCCAGCAAUCCAACUCUGGCACCGCUUUCCCUACCCCCAGCUCUCCACACUGCCAGCAGACCCUCCAAGCCAGCAUUGCCAGGGCCUGCUCACAGGGAGCGAGUUCCAGAGCAAGCGACGACCAUCGCCGAUGAUCCCUUUGGCGACGAAGACAUCUUUGUGGCCCCCAAGCUGGCCAGCAAGGCGCCGGUACCCAAGCCGGCUCCGAAGAAGCAGCCGUCUGCGUCCAUCUUCCAGGAGCGCGGGAAUGACCAGGAGGACGACCUGUUCCGGGCGGUCAGCGCAAAACCGGCCAAGAAGAGCAGCACGGUGGCGUUCCUGGAGGACGAGGAGGAGGAAGACAUCUUUGCAGCUGGGAAGAGCACAAAGGUGGAUGUUGAAAAAGAAGCAAAGAUGCAGCCCAAUCCCCCGCAGCCGGCUGCUGUUCAGGAUCCAGGGAGAAAGAAGAGCGCUCCCCAACAGGAAAAAGAGCACGCUCUGGACGUCAGCCUGUUCGGCGAUGAGGUCGACAUCUUUGCCGACUUAACUGCUACUUCAGCUCCCAAGGAGAAAAAAUCCAAGAAGAAACUGGGAAAAAAAUCGAUUUUUGAUGAUGAUAUGGAUGACAUAUUCGCAUCGGGGCCUGUGAAGCCAGUGGCCAAAGAGACCAAAUCAAAGCGAAGCCCACAGAGCCAGGAGCCACAGCCCAGCCAGAAUCCCAGCCACAGCCUGUUUGACGACCCACUGAAUGCUCUUGGCGGUAACUGACAGCUCGCAACGGCCAGAGCUCUGCUGCAGUGUGUGGUUUGGAGUGACCAAAGGGGCUGAGGCUGCGUUAAUGCCAUUUGUAGACUGUUUGUAAAUGACAAUGAAGGCAUUCUCAGUAUGCAUGUAAUCAACACCUUUAUCUGUACUUUUCCUGUGAAUUACGGUUAACUUCUAACAAGCAUUCAGCUGUUUUCUGGCUUAGUACUUAGUACUAGUACUAGAACCACAGUACUAGUAAUGUAUUUCCAUUAAUUAAAAAAAAGCACUUUAAAGCACAUGUACUGGAAUGUUUGAAAAUAAAUAAACUGGUUUUAAGCGCUGGUGGAGCCCUUAGUAUCCCAUCACACAGCUGUAUGGUAUGUUCAUUCCUGCAUCAGGAUGCCCCACAAAAUUACAAUAUCUGUUUUAUUCUCAGUUUAAUUCAAUUAAAUUCCAUGGCUUUGCGUGUAAUAUUGUUUUGUCUAUAUUAAAGAAUAUUUUGUGAAAUAUAAAA